UUCCGGAAUCCAAAAGGAAAAUGGCUGCGGCGAUGGUCCCGUCGGAGUGGAUAACGAACUGGGAAAAAUCGGGGAAAAACGAAUUUCUGAAGUUAUGCCGUGUACUUAGUGAAAAUAAAGGCCAUGAAAAUAUGACUUUUAGAGAUAUUCAGCAGGCUUUCUAUGAGCUCUCAUGUCAUGUCGUGCAAGGAAAUCUAAAGCAUGACCAAGCAGCUAAUGUUCUCAGUGAUAUUAUUGAAUUUCGUGAUGAUGUGCCCUCGAUUCUAGCCGAUGUAUUCUGCAUUUUAGAUAUUGAGACAGGUUGUUUAGAAGAAAAAGGUAAAAGAGACCAUUUCAUACAAUUAGUAUUAGCUUGUUUGUAUUUUGUUUCAGAAACAACUUUAAAAGAGCGCUUGGAACCAGAAACAUUGGAAUCAUUAGGACUUAUCAAACAAUCCCAGCAAUUUAUUCAGAAAUCUGUUAAAAUCAAGACAAAACUCUUUUAUAAGCAACAAAAAUUCAAUUUGUUAAGAGAAGAGAAUGAAGGUUAUGCAAAGUUGAUUGCUGAACUGGGUCAAGAUUUAUCUGGACAUAUUACUAGUGACUUAAUUUUGGAAAAUAUAAAGUCUUUAAUAGGAUGCUUUAAUUUGGACCCCAAUAGAGUUUUGGAUAUCAUAUUAGAAGUUUAUGAAUGCAGGCCAGAAUAUGACGAAUUCUUUGUGUCUUUGAUCCAAUCUUACAUGUAUUUAUGUGAACCUGAAACACUCUGUCAUAUUCUUGGGUUCAGAUUCAAGUUUUACCAGGAUCCAAAUGGAGAAACUCCGUCAUCUUUGUAUAGAGUUGCAGCAGUACUGCUACAACAUAAUCUUACAGAUUUAGAGGAUCUUUAUGUACAUCCACACGAUAACCAAAAACUUGGAUUAUUGGAAGCAUUAUUGAAGAUUGGUGAUUGGCAACAUGCUGAGAAUAUUAUGGAUCAGAUGCCUCUCUUUUAUGCUACUACACAGAAGGCAAUAGCUUUUGCCCUUUGUCAGCUUAUCCAUGUAACUAUUGAACCUAUAUAUCGAAGACUUGGAAUACCUUUAGCUGCCAAAAAAAAAUCUAUUGUUUUUUUUGAAAACAAAAGAGCACCAAAGCAAGUAGAGAAUUUUGAAGACUUAAGAGAACAAGUAUUCAGUAUGCUCUCUCAUCUCGGUCCUAAUCUUUCUCAUGAUGCUAUUUUAUUUGCAAAAGUGGUACGCUUAGGAAAAGCAUUUAUGAAGGAGUUUCAGUCUGAUGGAAGUAAUGAAGAAGAUAAAGAGAAGAUGGAGAUUUUAUUUAGUUGUUUGCUUAGUAUUACAGACCAGGUCCUUCUUCCAUCUCUUACUUUGAUGGACUGUAAUGCUUGUAUGUCUGAAGAACUUUGGGGAAUGUUCAAAACAUUUCCUUAUCAGUACAGGUAUCGUUUAUAUGGCCAGUGGAAGAAUGAAACUUAUAAUAGUCAUCCACAUUUAAUAAAAGCUAAAGCCCAAACAAUAGAUAGAGCCAAAUAUAUUAUGAAGCGUCUUACAAAGGAAAAUGUGAAGCCUUCUGGAAGACAGAUUGGGAAGCUUAGUCACAGUAACCCAACUAUUUUGUUUGAUUAUAUUUUAUCACAAGUACAAAAAUAUGACAACUUAAUUACACCAGUUGUAGAUGCAUUGAAAUAUCUUACUUCUUUGAAUUAUGAUGUUUUGGCAUAUUGCAUUAUUGAAGCUCUAGCUAAUCCAGAAAAGGAGAGAAUGAAACAUAAUGACACAAAUAUUUCAAGCUGGCUUCAAAGUCUUGCUUGUUUCUGUGGUGCAGUUUUCCGCAAAUAUCCAAUUGAACUUGCUGGCCUUCUGCAAUAUGUGGCAAAUCAGCUCAAGGCAGGGAAAAGCUUUGACCUACUUAUAUUGAAAGAGGUAGUACAAAAAAUGGCAGGAAUAGAAAUUACAGAAGAAAUUACAGUGGAACAAUUAGAGGCUAUGACUGGUGGAGAACAGCUAAAAGCUGAGGGUGGCUAUUUUGGACAGAUCAGAAACACAAAAAAAUCUUCUCAGAGGUUAAAGGAUGCACUUUUGGAUCAUGAUCUUGCCCUUCCUUUAUGCUUACUAAUGGCUCAGCAGAGGAAUGGGGUAAUAUUCCAGGAAGGAGGAGAGAAACAUUUGAAGCUCGUGGGAAAGUUGUAUGAUCAGUGUCAUGAUACCCUGGUACAAUUUGGUAGGUUUUUGGCAUCUAAUCUGAGCACAGAGGAUUAUAUUAAACGAGUGCCUUCAAUUGAUGUGCUCUGUAAUGAGUACCAUACUCCCCAUGAUGCAGCAUUUUUCCUGUCUAGGCCAAUGUAUGCACACCAUAUUUCAUCAAAGUAUGAUGAACUUAAAAAAGCUGAAAAGGGAAAUAAACAGCAACACAAAGUUCAUAAAUACAUUGCAUCCUGUGAGUUAGUGAUGGCUCCUGUCCAUGAAGCAGUGAUUUCUUUGCAUGUUUCUAAGGUGUGGGAUGAUAUCAGUCCACAGUUCUAUGCUACAUUCUGGUCAUUAACAAUGUAUGACCUUGCAGUACCACAUAACAGCUAUGAAAGAGAAGUCCAUAAACUUAAAGUCCAGAUGAAAGCAAUUGAUGACAAUCAGGAAAUGCCUCUAAAUAAAAAGAAGAAAGAAAAAGAGCGCUGUACUGCUCUCCAGGAUAAACUUUUAGAAGAAGAGAAAAAACAGAUGGAACAUGUUCAGAGGGUUCUACAGAGACUAAAACUAGAGAAAGAUAAUUGGCUUUUAGCUAAGUCUACCAAAAAUGAGACCAUUACAAAAUUUCUACAGUUGUGUAUAUUUCCUCGGUGCAUUUUUUCAGCAAUUGAUGCUGUUUAUUGUUCUCGUUUUGUGGAAUUGGUACACCAACAGAAAACUCCUAAUUUUUCCACUCUACUUUGUUAUGAUCGAGUUUUCUCUGAUAUAAUUUACACAGUGGCAAGUUGUACUGAAAAUGAAGCAAGUAGAUACGGCAGAUUCUUGUGCUAUAUGCUAGAGACUGUGACUAAGUGGCAUAGUGAUAGAACAAUAUAUGAAAAGGAAUGUGGUAAUUAUCCAGGGUUCCUUACCAUUUUACGAGCAACUGGAUUUGAUGGUGGAAACAAAGCUGAUCAGUUAGACUAUGAGAAUUUUCGACAUGUUGUACACAAAUGGCACUAUAAACUAACAAAGGCUUCAGUACAUUGCCUUGAAACAGGCGAAUAUACUCAUAUCAGAAAUAUUUUGAUUGUACUCACAAAACUACUUCCUUGGUACCCAAAAGUCUUGAAUCUGGGUCAAGCUUUGGAAAGAAGAGUUCAUAAGAUCUGUCAAGAAGAAAAAGAUAAGAGGCCUGAUCUUUAUGCAUUGGCCAUGGGUUAUUCAGGGCAGUUGAAAAAUAAAAAACUAUUCAUGGUACCAGAAAAUGAAUUUCAUCACAAAGACCCUCCUUCAAGAAAUGUAGUUGCUGCACCCAUACAGAAUGGAGCUGGUAGUGUUGGACUUUCAUCACUCUCAAUAACUGCGGCGAAGAUGGAAGAAAGAAGUACUGUGGACACUGAAAAACUAAAGGAAAAGUUUCAAGGUUCUCUGAAAGUUUUUAGUAAAACAGCAUCAAAAAUGACUUUCAACAGCAGCAAAAUUAUCAAAGAAAAUGAGAAAGAGAAAACUGGUAAAGAGAAAAAAGAAAAAAUUCCAUCUACUUUUGCUGAGGCUAAAUUGCUUGGAAAAGACAGUAAAGAAAAGCCAAAGGAUGAUCGGACAAACAAAGAUGAAAAAACAAGGGAGACAAAAGAAAAAAUACCUAGGAGUGACAAAGAAAAAGUUAAAAAGGAAGAAAAAGCUUUUAAAGAUGAAAAAUGUAAAAUGGGUGGGGUCAACAUAGAUACAAAAUUGACUGUAGAAAAAGAAAGAGAACCAUCACGAGAAAGAGAUAUUCCGAAGGAAAACAAAGGAAAGGAAAGUAUAAAAGGAGAAAAAAUAGCAGUUAUUGGGUUCUUAAAGUCACCAGGUCUUCGACUGGAAACAUCAGAAUCUGAAAAGGAACAGAAACGUCGAAAACUUGAUGCCCACUUAUCCCAAUUGCAUUUCUCAACAGUUAAGGAUAAUCUUUGUGAAAUCAAGGAGUCUUCAGCCAAGCAUUGCAUUAACUAUACUACUCCAACACUGCCUAAGAGUAAGGAAAAAGAAAUGGACAAGAAAGAUUUGGACAAGUCCAGGGAAAGAUCCAGAGAGAGAGAAAAGAAAGAUGGCAAGGACAGGAAAGAACGGAAAAGGGAUCAUUCAAACAAUGAACGUGACUUCCCACAAGAUUCUACUAAAAGACGUAAAGAAGAAAAUGGAACAACUACUUCUUCAAAACAUUGUAGAAGUGAAAGUCCAUCUGAUUCUCCUCAUUCAAAUGAAAAAGAAAAAGAAAAAAAUAAGUCAAAAUCCUCUGGAAAAGAAAAAGGUGACUCAGUUAAAACUGAGAAGAUAGAGAAGAGCAGUUCUAGUGGGAAAAAGGAGUCUAGGCAUGAUAAAGAAAAAACAGAAAAAAAGGAAAAACGAGAAACCACAGGAGGAAAGGAAGAAAAAAAACAUCAUAAAUCUUCCGAUAAACACAGAUAAAGGGGAGAGUGAAGUGGAAAACGUGAAUUUCUGACCAGAAAUACAUUAUUUUCUCAUAACUUGCAAAAAAAUCCAGAAGACUUAUCAAUCUACAUCGCCUUAAAUGAUAAAUUUUUUGCAAUUUUCUUUUUGAUUGUAAAGUUUACAGUUACUGAGUUGUAUAUUACCUUGUUCUAACUUGUUGCUUAGUUUUUGUAUAUUUUUCAAAGUGUCUAUGAACAGCUGAUAGUAAAACAAUUGAGAAUGUUCUUCAUGGAGUUUUAUUUAUAAUUUUUUGUCUGGAAACAUUGUUUAAAAUAAAAAAUGAUUAAAGAAGUUUGAAUUUA